AAGAGUAUUACACAUGACUUAUGACCACGAGUAAGACUCUAAUAGACAUUAUCAUUAUUUGCAGUGAAGACAAAAGUGACAGCGUGACUGACUCUUCUAAUGACAGACAAUUAGACGUUGAGACGAAUGAAAUAGUUACUAAUGAUUUGACUGAAAAACCAGUCUUAAGAAGGAAAAGGGAAGUGGUAGGAAAAGACUUAGGUGUUAAUGAAACAACAACUACAACCACAACAAAACCAGAAGAAAUGUCAGAAAGAAGUGACAGUGGUGAAGAAAUGGAGUAUAUUGAGAUUGAUACCGAUGUUGAAGAUGCCGAUGGUUCACCUUUAGAUGAUACUGAGAGAGGAAAGAGACAAGUUAGAUAUUAUUUAAAAAAUGGUUAUAAGACACCUGGAAAAAACUGGGCCUUCUUAAAGCCGUUGAAAAUUAUUGAGUUCCCACAGUCAAAAUUCAAUGCAAAUGUUCAAAAUGCAAGAUACCAACAGUUUAGCAAUAAUUUAAAUAACAACAAUUUUUAUGAGAUCACUCGACGACCACAGCCUUAUAAUAAUAAUUUAUAUUCUACAGCCAAUCCGUUCCUAACCUAUCAAGUUAGCAACUCCCAAGGAAUUUUUAAACCUAGUUUACCAGAUCCUUCAAGUCAGCCUGCUCACAAUCCCCUAAACUCUGCAACCCAAAUAAUAACCAAAAGUCCCCCAAUAUCAUCACUAAACAGUGACACAUUUCCUUCAAUGGCUGGAGGUUUUUUUAAUAAUAACGUUCCCCAGCAGAGUUAUGUACAGUAUCAAAUGUAUUCAUCAACACCAUCAAACGUAAAUCAUCAAAACAGUCCAUUCGUGUUUCCUGAUUCAUCUCAUGUUCCUAGUACGAUCGUCACGGGUAAACCUGUCCCAGUACCCACAUCACCUCGGCCUCAGGAAAAUUAUAGAAAUUCUGAACAAGAGAGAAAUAAAUAUCAGCAAGAAAACCAGCAACCGAUAAGAAAUAACCAACACCCAGUUAGAAAUGUAAAGGUCUUGCCGCCACAUGCUCAAAAACCAACAGAUGAUAAAGAUUAUGAUGAUGAAGAAAAUUCUAACGAAGAGGAUGAAUCUUCAGAAGAAGAGGAAGACGAGGAUGACGACCGUCACAGAGAUGAUUUCCCACCACCGCCUUAUGAAUUUACCCACCCAAGUCACAAAUAUAAAGAUAUAGAAAAUCCUUUCGCUAAGCCAGACUUCGAUUUUGAUGCAUAUUUGACGAAGUUAAGCAAUGGUCAGUAUAAUCCUGGAAAUUCAAAUCAACAUCCAAGACCAGUGGCAAUAGUUAAACCCACAAUUGAAGUAACGACGAUUUCCCAACUUGGUGCUCGAGGGCCAAGUACAACAGUAAGUUAUAAAGGAAUGAGUACACCAAAACCUUUUACCGUACCUUCUGGACCGGGUAGUUCUGUGGCAACAAUCGUAAAUAGUGCAAGACCAUCAUCGGCACCCAUUAAACAAGGGCAGACUUAUGACCAGGUUAUUCAAAGACCAGAACCGAUUAGGCAAACCCAACAACAGCAGCAGCAGCAGCAACAGCAACAGCAGCAACAACAACAACAACAGUCUUCUAAUGAUAACGCUUUUGUACCUCGUCAAACUGCUGGUACUCCACUUGAUGCCAACAGGCCAAAGUUGAAACCACCAAACUUCAAUGAUGACCGUCAAUUACCAAUUAGUUAUAGCUUCAGCAGACCAAUUAGCAGCACCCCUAAACCAACGGAAGAUAAUAAAUAUAAAGGAGAGACUUAUCAUACUUUUUCUGUUACUCCUAAGCCAUACUUAUUAGUCACUGGGACAGGCUCGCCUAUCAUUCUGUCCACACCUAAACAUCAGUAUAUCGUCAAACCAGAAAAGAUCAUAUCCCUUCAACCACACAUAGUUGCAACUGCAAAACCAUACUUAGUGUCAUCCAUCAAACCUCAUAGCGCCUACGCAAUAAUAAAAAAUUCUACACCUAAACCUCUGUCGGCAUUGGCACAUCAGCAACUAUCAACUCUACAACAAUACUGGAACAAUCCAUCUACCGAAUCUGUUACAUUCCGUACCGUUUCAUUUAAGCCUAGCACACCAAAGAACAUUCAAAACCUCGGAAACUUGUUUGCGCAAGCUGUAAAGUCGACUCAAAUGCCAGUUAAAAAUUAUAGUAACCAUCAAAAUGCAGCAAACACAUACAACAACAGCCCAAUAACUACAACUACAACUACGACUACACGAGCGCCACUUAAACGCAGACCAAUUCCAAAACCUUCUCCAGAAAUGGCUGAUUACUAUUACGAUGAUGAAGAUGAACAAUACUACUAUGAACCUGUUGUUAAACCAAAGUACAUGCCCAGUACUGAAGUGAAACCACAAAGACCACCAAUGGCCCAGAAUUACAAAGAAUAUGACGAUAGUUAUGAAGAAAACGCUGAACCAUCUAAAGUUAGAGCUAAGCCAAAACCUACACGAGUACCAAUGAAGUAUAAUGUUUACAAACCAGAAAGUGCCACUAAAAAUCUUAAUGAUGUAUCUGUUGUUACAAAAUCUCCUAUGAAAGAUUUUAACAAAAACAUCAAUGGAAAAAUACCUAUUCCGGUAUUAGUAGACUACGGUACCCCUACCCCGAAUACAUUGAUUCGUCCUGAAAUAUCUAAUUACCAAAUCGUGCACCAUAUGCCUAGAAAUAGAACUAUUAUGCAUAUAAGAAGACCAGUUACUGAAAAUGGACCGAAUACCAUGAAACCUCCCAAAUAUUUGAAUCAAACGACUUUGCGUCCCUAUACAGUUAGGCAUAGGUUAGCUAAGCCGACAACACUUCAAGAAACUUCCCAAAAUGAUGAUAAGCAGACCAGAGGAAGAGUAAGACAUCCGAAUAUUGUUGCACAAAUGAAAUUGACAACUCCUCGUGAUAGCCACAACCAAGAGACUAGAUUUACAAAGACUAAACAUGACGAUAAAACAAACAGGUAAUUAGAUGGAAACACCACUUUAUAAAUACUAACUAUGAAAUAUACUGGAGACGACUUUUGGCACCACUAACUUACACUGUCUGUAGAAUUUCUUCGGUAUAUUGAUGGAUAUUGCACUAAACCUAUUCUGACUAAACUAACACUGACUAUAACGACGAUGACUGUAGAAUCGACUGACUAAAUUGCUUUGUAUAUUGCAGAAGCUACUGUACAUACUUUUCAAUGACAUUUUUAAAUGUAAGUUGUUCACGUUAAUUGAGAUU